GAUCAUAGUUUUCUAUAAAUGAGAUAUACUGAACACGAUAAUAGUAAAUAAAUUUUACUAUAAAUACGGCCAAUUGGUUCAUGAAUGUUCUCAUAUUGUCAUACCAUCCUUCUAAACUAUACUAGUGUUAGCUAAUGGAUUUUGUAAAUGGAGCAUUAUUUAUGGUCCUAAAAUUGGUUCUUAUUGUCUUAAUACUAUUAUAUAUGCCUCUUGUAGAAAGUUCUAGGCAUAUUAUUAGUACUAGUUUGAGAGAUGAUAGCAAGGUAGCCCAAAAUGACCACCUUGUGACUGAUCUUCCGGGCCAACCGGCGGUUGAUUUUAGUCACUAUGCUGGGUAUGUGAGUGUGAGUGAACAAAAUGAAAGGGCGUUGUUUUAUUGGUUUUAUGAGGCAUCUUCUCAAUCCGACGAGAAACCAUUAGUUUUGUGGCUUAAUGGAGGUCCAGGAUGUUCUUCGGUUGGAUAUGGAGCAACACAAGAAAUUGGCCCUUUCCUUGUGGACACUAAUGGUCAUGGCCUUACAUUCAAUCCUUUUGCAUGGAAUAAAGAAGCGAAUAUGUUAUUCUUAGAAUCUCCAGUUGGAGUUGGGUUUUCUUAUACUCUUAACAGUUCUGAUUUUGUUAAUCUUGGAGAUGAUUUUACUGCAAAUGAUUCUUAUGAAUUUCUUCAUAAGUGGUUCCUCAAGUUUCCAUCAUAUAGAAACCGUACGUUCUACAUUGCUGGGGAGAGCUAUGCAGGAAAAUAUGUACCAGAAUUAGCUGAGCUCAUUCAUGACAGGAACAAAUACCCUUCUCUUUACAUUGAUCUUAAAGGCAUCUUGAUGGGUAAUCCAGAAACAUCAGAUUCAGAUGAUUGGAGAGGAUUAGUAGAUUAUGCAUGGAGUCAUGCAGUGGUUUCAGAUGAAACUCAUAAAAUCAUUGGACAAACUUGUGAUUUUGAUAGUGAUGAUACAUGGAGCAAUGUUGAGUGUAGCCAAGGAGUUGAUGAGGUCCUUAAACAAUAUAAGGAGAUUGAUAUUUACAGCUUGUAUACUUCACUUUGCAUUGCUAAUUCUACCCAUAAUUCUUCUUCAUCAAUGGAAGUCAUGUUCAAAACUACCUCUAAAAUGAUGCCACGGAUCAUGGGUGGCUAUGACCCAUGCUUGGAUGAUUAUGCAAGAACUUACUACAAUAGACCAGAUGUUCAAAAGGCUCUUCAUGUUAGUGAUGGUGUUCUACUCAAGAAUUGGAGCAUAUGCAAUUUAACUCUAUUUAGUAACUGGGCAGAUUCAAAACCAUCAGUACUUCCUAUUUACAAGAAACUAAUAGAUGCAGGACUUAGAAUUUGGGUUUACAGUGGAGAUACAGAUGGAAGAGUUCCUGUAUUGUCUACUAGAUACAGCUUGAAUGCUCUUGGGUUACCCAUCACUAAACCUUGGAGGCCAUGGUAUCAUGAGAGACAGGUGAGUGGAUGGUAUCAAGAAUACAAGGGUCUUACAUUUGCUACAUUUAGAGGAGCUGGACAUGCUGUGCCUAUAUUCAAACCAAGCAGUUCUCUUGCAUUGUUUACCUAUUUUCUUCAAUCUCAAUCCCUCCCAUCUGCUCGUUAAUCUUUAUUAUAUAUAAAUUAUAAUUAAAAUAAAAAGAAAAACAAACUAGAACCCUAGAAAAAGCUUAAUAAGGCAAACAAAAGUUUUAAUUUGCAACCUAAUGUAUAGCUAAGAGGCCUUUGAUGUAACUACUUUGUAUAAUAUAUAAGGUGAGUUGUUUGAUAUUAAAAAUUUUCGAAUGUACGUUGAAAAAGGUUCAAUUAAUUCGAACCCCAUCAAUUAGUAAACGAACUAAAUUUAAAUGUGAAUGA